AUGACUACUCUUCCUGACACUGCCACAACCCCACUGCCUAGACUAGAGGAGACCACCGCUGCCUCGAGAGGACCAGGCACUACUGUGUGGUCUCUGGGCGGUCUGUGUGACUUUGAGUCCAGUCUGUGUGGCUGGAUUCCAGACAGCAUGUCAGAGCUGAGCUGGUCUCUCCACAGCGGCAGCAUCUCGUCUGGUCUAACACCCAGUCUGGAUCUACCUCUCUCUCUGCCCAAAGACGACGUGGGUAACUUCCUCCACAUCGAGGCCAGCCCCAGGACAGAGAGGCAGCGAGCCCGUCUGGUGAGCCCCGCUGUGGGGCCUGAGAGAGGGCCGCUGUGCCUGCUCUUCAACUACCAGCUCCAGGGGCCCGAGAACCAGGGCCUUGGGUCCCUCAGGAUCCUCAUCAGAGACAAAGACCGGGAGGAAACUCUGCUCUGGGCCCUCAGAGGAGACCAGGGGGUCCGUGUGGAAGGAGGGCGCACCAUCCUGCCCCAGUCACCCAAAGAGUACCAGGUGGUGAUUGAGGGCUUCUUUGAGCACAGCAACCGAGGACACAUCUGGAUCGACAAUAUCCACAUGAGCUCCAGUACUGAGCUGGAACAGUGUACCCAACCCUUCGCUGCAUUCCCUCCUGACAUGACUGGGGGAGCUCUUCCUGGUGCCAGUGAGCCCACAGUAGACACAGAGGUGUCAGUGCAGCCCAUCCCCCCCUUCUGGUAUUAUGUAAUGGCCGGCGUUGGGGCUCUGUUGCUCCUGGCAUCAUUCACUCUGGUCGUGGUUCUCUGUUGUCACCGCUAUCAACUAGCAGCCAAGAAGAACAGCCAGCACUCAGUGUCCUACCAGAGUGCCCACUACCACAGCUCUCACUACGGCCCUGGGCCUAACCACAACCACUACCCCGGGCCUGGGGGGGUUAUGUCGACCCACUACCCCGACAGAGGGCCUCUGUCUGGGUUGGGGCUGGCAGGACCCUCCGCACCUCCAAUGGAGCCCAUGCUGUCUAUCAGGCUGGAGAAGGAGGAUGAGCAUUGAGGCUCCCAGUGCUUACUAUGUUUGACACAGAGACAGACAGACAGACAGAGAGACAGUACUGUGACUGGGCGGGCUGAACCAGACGGAACACCUUCCCUCAGAUAUCUAUAGACACCCUCAGAUGAUGUCAUGAAGGAACGAUCUGGUGCGACUGGCCCUCUGUUUGGGAAUCUGCUGUCUCUGAAGGAGAAUUUAAAUUAAACAACAACAACAUUAAGAGCAACAGAAAAAAAAGUGCAGAAAAGGCACCUAAGUUUCCUUCUGUCGCUGAUAUUGUUGGUUCCUCUUCCUCUUCCUCUGUUGCUGCUUUGUGGCUUUAAGACAGGACGAGGAGGGUUUGCUGUGAUGAUGUGCUUCCUGUUUCAUUGAGCUUGUUUACGUCCAAAACGUCCAGCCAGAACCCUUAGCGGCGGGGCCCCGACUCCCACAAAGGGUUUCUGGGAAAGAUGUGAUUCGGAAUAUGAGUCUACAUCUCAAUUGGCACCCUAUUCCGUAUAUAGUGCACCAUGGGCCCUGGUCUAAACUAGUGUGCUGUAUAGGGGUAGUUUGCCAUUUGGGACGGCCCUUAGUCUUUCAGUUAAACCUUUGAUUGAACAGUCCAGAGGAGAGGACACUCUUAUAGCGGUGCCAAGAUGCUGUAGGGAGGAGAGACGGAAACCGAGACAGAGAUUGAGUGGGUGAGAGAGGA